GAAAAAGCAUUAAAAAUUCUAAAAAUAUUUUUUCCCUUCUUUCUGGACUUAAUGUAAAGUUAGUUUUAUGUGUAUUUAGGUUUAUUUUCUAAAAAUCAACACCAUAAACCCAUAUAUCAAUUAUAAGAUAUUUGAGUAGUUAAACCAUGAGUUGUGGAAAUGAGUUCGUGGACACUUUGAAAAAAAUUGGUUAUCCCAAAGCUGAUAGGCUAAAUGGAGAAGAUUUUGACUGGUUGUUUGAGACUGCUGAAGAUGAAUCAUUUUUGAAGUGGUUUUGUGGGAAUGUGACUGAACAGAAUGUAUUGUCCGAAAAAGAAUUGCAAGCUUUUAGCACUCUUCAAAAAUCCGGCAAGCCCAUCCUCGAAGCAGCAGCGUUGGAUGAAGUCCUUAAGACGUGUAAAACUUCUUAUUUGAAGACACAUAGCAUGGAUGACAAAGAGCUAGAGAAAUUAGAGGAGGAGGUUAAAAUUCUGCAGAAGUUAAAGAACCUAAAAAUCCAGCGACGUAAUAAAUGCCAGUUGAUGAGUUCAGUAAUUAGCCACAAAUCUCUGAGGGUACGUGUUCAAGGAGAAGAGGCCACUAAAAAGCUGAAGCACAGCCAAGGAGUUCUAAAUGCAGUGACUACUCAAAUCAGUAAUGAACUUCAGGCUCUAGCAGACGGAGUUGCAAAACUGAUGAUGUUCUAUAAACCGUCUGAUUUAGGGCAAGGGACAAAUCCACGGGUGUUUUUAUCUCAGUUUUCCUUGGAAAAAUACCUAAGUCAGGAAGAGCAGAGCACAGCAGCAUUAACCUUAUAUACCAAAAAACAGUUCUUUGAGGGUAUACACGAAGUAGUUGAAAGUUCAAAUGAAGAAAAUUUUCAAAUCCUAGACAUACAGACACCAUCUCUUUGUGAUAAUCAAGAAGUCCUUGAAGAGAGACGACUAGAGAUGGCUAGGCUGCAGCUAGCAUACAUCUGUGCUCAACAUCAGUUAAUUCACUUGAAAGCAAGUAAUUUGAGCAUGAAGUCAAGUGUCAAGUGGGCGGAGGAGAAUCUUCAUAUCCUGACCAGCAAGGCUGUUGGCAAAGACAAUUUGGAUGCUAAAAUUUCUAGCUUGAACAGUGAAAUUCUGAAACUUGAAGAACAAAUCACUCAUAUGAAAACCAAAAGUUUGCCUGCUGUGGUAAGAGAGAAUGCCCAGUUAUUGAAUAUGCCAGUUGUAAAGGGUGAUUUUGAUCUUCAGAUUGCUAAGCAAGACUAUUAUACAGCAAGACAAGAGUUAGUAUUAAAUCAGUUGAUAAAGCAAAAGGCAUCGUUUGAACUUCUACAUUUAUCAUAUGAAAUUGAAUUGAGAAAGCAUUGGGACAUACAACGUCAACUUGAAAAUUUGGUUCAAGAACUUAGUCAAAGUAAUACGAUGCUACAACAGCAAUUAGAAAUGCUAACAGAUCCAUCAGUGUCUCAGCAGAUUAAUCUAAGAAAUAUUAUCGAUACCAAGGAUUACUCUACUCAGAGACUUUAUCAACUUUUAGAAGGAGAGAAUAAGAAAAAAGAACUGUUUAGAACCCACAGAAACCUGGAGGAAGCAGCUGAGAAAUUGCAACAGGAUGUUUCUGUAUUAGGAGAUCAGUUGGCAAUAUCUGCUCAAGAACAUUGUUUCUUUCUGUCUAAACUCAAUGAUGGUGUGGACAUGCUUUGUGAUGCUUUGUAUCAAGGAGGAAAUCAGCUUUUGCUUACUGAUCAGGACCUACUGGAGCAGUUUCAUCAAGUGGAAUCUCACCUGAAUAAGCUCAAUCAUCUCCUUACGGAUACUCUGGCUGAUGUGAAGGCAAAACGAAAAAUGCUGGCAGUUAAUAAACUGCAUCAAAUGGAAAGAGAAUUAUAUGUGUAUUUUUUUAAAAAUGAAGAUUAUCUGCAAGAUAUCGUGGAGAAUUUAGAAAGCCAAUCAAAGAUUAAAGCUGUUGGCCUUGAGGAUUGAAAACUACAAAAAAUGAAAUCUUUAUUAC